AUGACUAAAAUGUUAUCGGCCCAGGAGGCUGCCAAGAUCUAUCACACAAAUUACGUGAGAAACGCGAGGGCUGUUGGUGUACUGUGGACUAUCUUCACCAUCUGCUUCGCCAUCAUCUGUGUGGUGGUCUUCAUUCAGCCUUACUGGAUUGGAGACAGUGUUGACACCCCUCAGUCGGGAUACUUCGGGCUUUUUCACUACUGCAUUGGGAACCCCAUCACAGGAGAGCUGGUGUGUAAGGGCAGCGCUUUGGACUUUGGAUCUAUACCUUCAGGUGCCUUCAAAACCGCUAUGUUCUUCGUUGGGAUCUCUUUGCUGCUGAUCGUGGGGACUAUUGUCUGCUUUAGUUUGUUCUUUUUCUGCAACUCAGGCAGCGUGUAUAAGAUCUGCGCAUGGAUGCAGCUGGCAGCUGCAACUUGUAUGGUCAUAGGCUGUAUGAUCUAUCCAGAUGGCUGGGACUCAGAGGAGGUGAAGAGGAUGUGUGGUCAGCGGACGGAUAAAUACACGUUGGGUAACUGCACAGUGCGCUGGGCAUAUAUCCUGGCCAUCAUCAGCAUCAUGGACUCGCUCACAUUAUCCUUCCUGGCCUUUGUACUGGGUAACCGGCAAGACAAACUGCUGCCAGAAGACUUCCAGGUGGAGGAGAAAAAAGAGGAAGCAUGAAGACCCCUGCACAUCAUGAGGCUCAUUGGACCCUGUGGGUUUACAGGCCACUUUCUGACUAUCUGAAGGAAAUAUGAAGAAAAAUAAUUAUUUUAAUGUGUCUAUAGUAAGUAAUUGCCACCUUUGAGGUUACUUCAGGCAGUAUUUCUAAUAUAUAAACAGCAAUUUUAUAUUUUGAGACCAAAGUCAAAUUGAGUGUAAAAAAAAAAAAGAAAUCUGAACUAAACUGAUUUCUAUUCAUAUGAAGUCACAUCGAUUAGCCCCACCCACAAUGAAUCUCAUUGGUCCAAAAUCCUGCUCCACCCUGUAGUGGGGACUUUCAUUCAUACCAGUCAGGGACUCGAAUAUUUUAAAUGUUUGCUUAAAAGAUUCAGAUUUGUUACCUGAUUAGUUCAGUGGCUCUUUCUGCUAGUUACAUCAUUAAAGAGGUGG